AUGUCGACUAAAUCUAGGUUCACUACCAAGAAGCUGCUGGCCGAGUUCAAAAACAGCGUCGACAAACACGAUAUCAACCAGGCCUGGUAUGUGUACCACCGCCUGCAGCACAAAUACCGCAAUACGCCCGCUGAUCUCUCAUCAAGCAAAGUCAUCCCCCGGCGCCUGAUCCACCACCCUAAGGUUGCCCUGCCGACGAUGCAGUCCGACAUUCUGUCGGUUUUAAACUUGAAGCAUGUGGUUUCGUACACCCCAUACCAUGCAUCACGGAUGACCGAGCGAAUCAAGAAGGUCCUGAAGACUGUGGCUGAGUCGGGCGGAGCCUUGACAUCCAAGGAUCUGAAUGCGCUGCUAGGGUACUUUGCGUCAAUCAAGAAUAGCGAGGCUGCGGACCAUAUCUGGCAGUAUGCAGCGCUGAGUGGAAUGCCACGGGAUAUCACCAACUACAACUCGUAUGUGAACGCCAAGCUAGUGGUAGGCGAGCUGGACCGCGCCCUAGAGACCAUUCGGGAGAUCCGCCGUGCGGGCUUGCAGCCGAACAGCUAUACCCAGGCGAGCCUGAUCCGUUUGUACGGCCUGCUUGGCGAUCUAGAGGCGGCGAAGCGUGUGUUUGGGUUCGCGUGUUCGUCGACAAAGCUGGCGUUCGUGAAGAAGCACAUUGGGUACUGGCAGGACUCGCUGGAGGACGCAAAUCUGAGCGGGCCCACCGUGCAUAUCUACAACGAGAUGCUGGAUGUGCUGGGCAUGAACGGCAUGGUCGAAGAGAUGCGCGCAUUGUUUGAGGAGAUGGUGGUGGAGCGGGAGAUCAAGCCGACCCGCAAGUCGUUCGAGGUCAUGAUAAAGUGGCAUGCAAAGUACUGGGACAUGGACAGUGCAGAAAAAUACCUCGAGAUGAUGCCUGGCUGCAAGGUCCGGCCAACACCGGCAACCUUCAAGCUGUUGAUUACACCGGAAACGGCAACGCGUGAUUUGAAUCGCUGCGGAAAGCUGGCUAUGGAGAUGACCACAAAGUACGGUAUGGCCCCAGCAAAGUCCAUCAUCAACACGCUGGAGAUUGCUGCCAAGAAGGUCAAGGAGAUGGAGCAGAUGGUGAAGGAGGCCGAAGCACAAAAAACAUCGCUGUUUGCAGGCCUUUACAUUGGGUCGGUGGCGAAGGAAACAAGUGAGGCAGAGGAAAAGGGUGGGUGGAAUGGAUCACCAUCUCAUUGA